AUGCCACAUCUCAACGAGCUCUCCUCGAGCACUCCGGCGCAGGAUGUCUCAGCCGCCCGCAGCGACGGCAAGAUGCAUCUUCUGCUGGCCGCAUCGGGAUCCGUAGCAACCAUAAAGAUUCCCAACAUCAUCAGGGGCCUGUCGCAGCAUCCCAACCUGUCGAUCCGCCUCGUGCUCACCAGCUCAGCCGCCCACUUUCUGCAGGGCCAGGCAGACGAGCAGCCCAGCCUGGCGGAGAUUCGCAAGUAUCCAAAUGUCGACGCCAUCUACACGGACGAGUCCGAGUGGGUGCAGCCGUGGACUCGCGGAGCCCCAAUCCUGCACAUCGAGCUCAGGAGAUGGGCCGAUCUAUUAGUUAUCGCACCGCUCAGUGCAAACACUCUUGCCAAGAUGGUGCACGGCAUCACCGAUUCUCUGCUCUCAUCAACCAUCCUGGCAUGGGACACCGACGGCUCUGUAGACGGCAAGAAGAAGAAGAUUCUCGUGGCCACAGCCAUGAACACCGCCAUGUACCGGAACCCCGUCACGCAGCGCAACUUGAAGACUCUCAACGAUGUCAUGGGCGGUCCAGAUGGAUGGGUUGAAGAGCUCCAGACCAUCUCAAAGGGGCUUGCCUGCGGUGACGUCGGCCAGGGCGCAAUGGCAACGUGGGAGACUAUCGUGGCGGCGAUCCAGGACAAGCUUGGAUUGACGGCCAACGCGAGCGGAGAUGGCGAUGAGAAAGAUAAAGGAGAAUGAGAGGCGUUACUGAAGCAUCUGUGAGGUUGAAGCAAAAUGAAAAUAUUCCAUCUGUAUCAGUACCUGGUACCUGGUACGUACCCCUGGGAAAUCAGAGGUCAAGUCACGCAGCUGCUACGGAAGGAGCACGCGUGCCUUCC